GACAGCUCAUCUGGAAUUCGUCAGAUUUGCAGGACGCUGGGGUCAGUUCAGGAGUACCUUCAACUCACCUUUCCACAUGGCAUGCCAGGUAUCACGUUGAUAUUCUUUGGCGAGGUGUGCCGGAGGACAGACGAAGACAUGCGCACUGCCUCGACUAGCGUGUCAGCCGGAGCGUCCCAGACUGGCCAAACGACAAGACCGGGAGUUUUUGCAGUACCUUCUCGGUCUUCAUAUUCUUCCCUCCCACCCGUCCCAAGCUGGCCCUCAGCUACUCGGCCAUAUCAUACUGUCCUCCUGUGUUCUUCGUGGACAGGUACCAUGAACUGUGCCGAGGACACGGCAGAGACGAGGCACUGGGAGCUGGAAUUUCAACUUGUACUUUUGCCUGGAUUCGCGACCGAGAGGCCUAACAUGUGA